AUGGAGUCUGUGGUCUCAGAACUCGAAGGAACCCUUUUGAAGAACCAAGAUCCUUUCUCCUAUUUCAUGCUAGUAGCCUUCGAAGCCUCUGGCUUAAUCCGGUUCACAUUGUUGUUGCUAUUCUGGCCGAUUAUCAAGCUACUCGAUUGGUGUAGGAAGCCGGAAGUCGGGUUGAAGUUGGCCAUUUUUCUUGCCACCGCAGGAGUUCCCAUGUCAGAGAUCGAAUCGGUUGCAAGGGCAGUUUUGCCCAAGUUUUACUUCGAUGAUAUUGAUUUGGAGGCUUGGAGGGUGUUUAAUUUGGGUGAUCGAAGAGUGGUUGUGACCCAAAUGCCUAGGUUGAUGGUUGAGCGGUUCGUGAAGGAGCAUUUGCGUGCUGAUGAGGUUAUUGGGACCGAACUUGUGGUGAGCCGGUUUGGAUUUGCCACAGGUUUGGUUCAGGAUGGUGGGUUUGGGUCAUCGGUUUGUGAUCGGGUUGCAGCCAUCUUUGAUGGUCAGCAACCAAGCCUAGGGCUCGGAAGAUGCCAUUCUGGUUCUUCAUUCUUGUCUUUAUGCAAGGAACAAGUAAACGCAUCAUACAUGAUCAAAGACCAGAAGCAAGAUAUGCGGCCGAUGCCGGUGAUCUUUCAUGACGGCAGACUCGUCAAACGGCCGACUCCUUCCACCGCCCUUCUCAUCCUCCUCUGGAUCCCACUCGGUGUCAUCCUAGCAAUCAUCCGUAUGACCAUUGGCGUUUUGUUGCCGAUGUGGGCUAUUCCUUAUAUGGCCAGCAUAUUCGGUGGCAAAGUCGUGGUUAAGGGAGUCCCGCCACCACCACCGUCGGGGUCCAACGCCGGUGUCCUAUUCGUCUGCACCCAUCGGACUUUAAUGGACCCAGUUGUGUUAUCCACCGUCCUCCAGCGGAGUAUCCCCGCCGUCACCUACUCCAUAUCAAGAUUAUCGGAGAUCCUAUCUCCAAUACCCACCGUUCGUUUGACCCGGAUUCGCCACGUCGACGCGGAGAGAAUAAAGAAAGAAUUAUCUCAAGGUGAUCUGGUCGUUUGCCCAGAAGGUACAACCUGCAGAGAACCGUUUUUGCUCCGGUUCAGUGCACUUUUCGCCGAACUAACAGACAGGAUCGUGCCGGUGGCAAUGAACUACCGGGUGGGGUUUUUCCAUGCAACGACGGCAAGGGGAUGGAAAGGGUUAGAUCCGAUAUUCUUCUUCAUGAACCCUAGACCGGUUUAUGAGGUUACUUUCUUGAACCAGUUGCCGGCGGAGGCUACAUGUUCGUCGGGGAAAAGCCCACACGACGUCGCGAAUUACGUUCAAAGAAUCUUGGCAGCCACACUAGGGUUUGAAUGCACAAAUUUUACAAGGAAAGAUAAGUACAGAGUUCUCGCCGGAAAUGAUGGGACGGUGUCUUACACAACGGUGAUGGACCGGGUUCAGAAGAUGGGGAAAACCGUGAAAAAGGUGGUGGGUACAUUUAAACCGUUUGUCUUUAAUUAAUUAAACCGGGAAUAUUGAUAUUAU